CGCCCAACUGAAGAACUAUAAAUAUACACCCGCCUCCACAACAAGCUAUCACACAUUGGAGUGACAACCAUCAAACAACAACAAACAAAAUGUUCAAAUUUGCUUUUGUCGCUGUCGCCUUCUUCGCCUACGGAGUGAUGGCUGCUCCAGAGCCUGAGGCCAAAGCAGAAGCGAAACCAGGAGUAUUGGCAGCUGCCCCACUUGUAGCAGCCCCUGCUAUAGCUCCAGCUGUGGUCACAGCAACUAGUUCUCAAGCUUUCGUAAGGAAUUACAAUGCUUUAGUUGCUCCACUUGUCGCAGCUCCAGUACCACUAGCAGCUUCGUACGUUGCAGCUCCAGGUGCACCACUUUAUGCAUCCCCUUACGUUUCUCCAUACUAUGCAUCCAAUUAUUUUGCUGCACCUUAUGUAAUUUAAAAUAUAUUCUAUCUCUAAUAGAAAAAU